AUAUCCUUGCUGAUUAAAGAGAAGCUGUACAUCAAUGAAGUUGUGCUUGGAACUGCCAUCGGUGUUGCUCUGUGUCCUUAUGGCGCAGGGAUUUUUGACCCACGUGGAUGGGGGUCAAGUGCUUUGACAAACACUGUCACACUCGAGUUUAUGCGUGUCGUCCUCGCCUUUGGCCUAUUUUCCAUCGGAGUUGCUCUCCCGGCCAAAUACAUGUGGGAUCACCUCAGGGGACUUCUCAUCAUGGUUGUGCCGACCAUGGCGCUCGGAUGGCUCAGUGUAGCGGCAUGUCUUACACCCACAGACCCGGUAACAUGUGCCAUGAUCACAGGUGGAAAAUUCGCAGAACAAAAUGUCAAUAAAGAUAUCCGUGAUAUCAUUUCCGCCGAGUCGGCUGCGAAUGAUGGCCUUGCCUACCCAUUUCUCAGCAUCGCCAUUUAUCUGACUAUUGAGGCAUCUGCGAAGACAGCAAUUUGGAAAUGGGUCGUCGACGGUAUUUUCUAUCAAGUCGUCCUUGGAACACUCUUGGGUGCCUUUAUUGGCUUUCUGUUCUCGAAGACACUCCGACUGACGAAGGGGAAGAACUUUACGGACCGUCAGUCAUUUCUAGCCCAGUAUAUGGGUUUGAGCCUCUUCACAAUGGGAGUCGCUAGCACAAUUGGUGUCGAUGAUCUCCUAGCAUCAUUUGCUGCAGGAUGUGCAAUAGCUUGGGACGAAAACUUUCAAGGGCAAACAAAGGGCACAGCUUUAGUCAACUCUCGGAAAGCAACCGAGGCAGUUUCUCAAAUGAGCCACUUUUCAGAGCAGUCAAAUGACAUGGCCCCCUCGAGCCACUCUCUGAAUCUGGAACAAACAGAGGAUCCCUCUUUUAAGUUCGCAAGCGUCAUAGAGUUCGUUCUCAAUUGCGGAUGUUUUAUUUAUAUUGGCGCAUGGCUUCCCUUCAACCUUUAUACUUUACCAGAAGUAGGUAUCACACCUGCCAAGCUCGUAGCGCUAAUGAUUGCCAUCAUCUUCCUGCGACGCAUACCUUGCCUCUUGCUUCUCUUCAGAAUUGUGCCUGAGGUCUUCGCACUUGCAAUUGUGCUCAUACAUCUUGGCACUCUUAUAGGCCCAAUGGGCGUCAGCGUGAUUUUCGUUUCAACAAUGGCUGUGCACCAGCUCGCCGUGGCGCAAUCACCACAAACAGAUCAGGCCCAGAAACUUGCCAUAGCACUUCAACCUAUUGUAUUCUUUGUGGUCCUUGGAUCCAUCGUCAUUCCUGUACAGUCCAAGUAUGAACUGAGUAUUUUGGAUCAUGAUGCAACACGCAGAGAGUAUUGCCUUCGGUUGCCUUCCAAAAUUAAAAGUGAUGUUAUCGAGGUUCCGGAGCGCCAAGCCUUGGGUUCCGAUUACGUAUAUUACUUAGUGGGAGCCUCUGGCGAAAUUCGCGCAUCCGCCGACCCUUCACAAAAUGUUGAUAUCUUGGUAGAUAAAGUGACAGGGCCUCAUCUGGCCUACAUAUGCAUUGGUGGUUUUGUUGUUCUUUUUUCUCUCCUUGCCUUAAUCAUCAAAGAAAAGCUAUACAUCAAUGAAGUCAUUCUUGGGACGGCGUUCGGCGUUCUCGUGGGGCCGUAUGUUGCAAACGCCUUCAAUCCUCGUUCAUGGGGUCCCGACUCGAACAUCAUCACACUUGAAUUCAUGCGCAUCGUACUUGCUACCGGUCUAUUUGCUAUCGGCGUAGAACUACCUGGCGCUUACAUGCUUCAACACGCUAAAGGGCUCCUUAUCAUGGUCGUGCCCACUAUGGCCUUUGGCUGGCUGGUUGGUGGAGUCAUUGUUUACGGGCUCUUUCCACAAAUUAACUUUAUCUCCGGACUCUGCAUCGCGGCAUGCUUCACACCUACGGAUCCUGUCACAGCUGCUGCCAUCACCGGUGGAAAGUUCGCUACUAAACACGUCCCUCUUAACCUACGGCGUCUCAUCCAAGCCGAAUCGGCAUCUAAUGACGGCCUGGCUUAUCCUUUUCUGAGCAUCUCCGUCUACCUUACCCUUGAAGCGUCUACCAAAGUGGCCAUUGGGAAAUGGUUCCUCGUAGGUUGGCUGUAUCAAGUGAUUCUGGGUACCGUUCUUGGCGCCGUCCUAGGUCUUAUGUUCUCCAAGCUGUUGAAAAUUUCGCAUGGCAAAGGUUUCAUCGACCGGGAAUCCUUCGUCUCCCAGUAUCUGGCUUUCGCUAUUUUCACUAUCGGUGUUGCUAGUACCAUAGGCGCCGACGACCUCCUUGCCGCCUUCGCUGCAGGCUCUGCCAUAUCUUGGGAUGAACAUUUCAACACUCAGAUUGAGAAUGAGUCAUUCACAUCAGUCAUUGAAUACGUCCUCAACUGUGGAUGUUUCAUCUACAUCGGUGCAUGGUUACCCUUUGACAUGUACAACAAUUCCACCUACGAUAUCACCCCAGCAAGGCUGGUUGUGCUCGUGCUUUCCAUCCUUAUCUUACGCCGCAUUCCGCCCUUGCUGGUCCUCUACAAGUGGGUGCCUGAGAUCGAUGGAUGGAAGGAGGCUCUGUUUUGUGGACACUUCGGCCCGAUGGGCGUCAGUGCUAUCUUCGUGGCCACCUACGCCGUGACGCGCCUUCCCGUUCCCCAAGACCCGCCGCAAAGCCAGGCGGAACUCUUGUCAGCAACAAUCCAGCCCAUUGUGUCUUUCGUAGUUUUGGGAUCAAUCAUCGUUCAUGGUCUGUCCAUCCCAUUCUUCAACCUUGGUCGUGGCGUGCAGUCGCGUACGACGUCUUUGACUGUGACCUGGACGAACCGCGCAAAGGUUGCCGGCACUCCCGACUGGCUGCUUUGGGCUAAGAGGCCGGGCGAUCCCAUUGAAGGACCAUCUCCGGAAACCAUCAUCGACCCGGAACAAGGCCUCUCUGAAGCUGAAUCGAAGCCACUGACGCUAAGGGCAAGGGGCCUGCUGGUCCUGGACCAGAGGAUGCAGAAAGCUCAGUCAUCGUACACCACCGGUUGCACGAAGAGAUCAUGAAAGAACCAGACGGGGUAUGUAGCUCGACACGAACUUCUGUUAAACUAAGCUAACUUUGAUGUGACUAGACCGACGUUAUAGAAGUCGGUGAUGAGGAAAUGGUGGAAAAUGACGAUGGGAAGCCGAGUGCCGUCGGGGAAACACGUCGUACUGUUCGCUUUCCGGCUGCUUCUACGCAAUAACAAUUGUGGUUUGUCCCUUUCAGGGACGCAAUCGUGAUCGACAAUCAUCGUCUUUCGGUUGCCAUUGCCAAGUGUAUGUAUGCGGCUCAAUCCAGUAGUCGUGUAAAAAGAACACAGUGUAGAGAGUUGUGGUGUAUCCGAUGGCCUAGUAGUCCUUCAUCGAAUACAAUAUCGAACGGAAAAUCCAAGGGCAACUCAAGUCAACAAAGCAAGUGUCAUCUCGUGAGCAUCAAGUGUACAGUGGUUUCACUCAAAAGGAUUCGUACGACCGGCCUGGCAAACCCCCAAAAUGUGAAGAGUGAACGAAUGUGAAAUGAAGCUUCAUGAACUUACCUGGUUGUCUCCUCCGCGAUCUGGACCCUCACCGCAUCCACAUAGCCAUUCAUGCCACCAUCUUGCUUCAGGGGUGCGUGGCCUUGAGGAGUUGUACUGCUGAUCGAGCCUUGGUGGUGCUAUAGGUGGCGGCGGUGAUGUGCUAGGUGUCAGCGGUGGUGGUGGUGUGCGUGGCGGAGGUAGAUUGAGCGGCUGUGGAGGCGGAACAGACUUGGACUUUGAGUGCGACUUGGGAUACAGGGACAGGUCAACGACCCCGUUCGAUUGGCCAUUCACGUCUGGAGUGGCUAGCGGCAUCGGUGACUCCUCCAUGACUACAGGCUGCGCCUCUGAUUUCGACAGCGUUGUCUCGGACGGAUGCAUGAAUGGGUUCUCCACGGCCGUGUCGGCAUUCGAGGCCCGUCUGUGCUCUGGCGAGCGGCUUCGCGAGUUGCGCACGGAGCCGGGGAGGGGAGACGGGGUAGGGCUCGCCUGGUCGAUGUUGUCCAUGGGGAGGGCGUCGAGCGAGUCGCGGGACUGGAGCGCGGCAUGUGCACCCCAUCCAUUGGUGUCUGCGCGGCGCUGCGAGGAGGUACGGCCCAAGCCCCAGAAAGACCCUCCGAAGACGCUGCCACUUCCGCUCCCACCUGGCGUGUGUUCAGUACCACCUUUGGGAAGGGAGACUGAUCCGCGGGCAGCUUUCCGGCGUUGGCGUUCAGCUUCCUCCCAACGACGCAGGUUCUGAUCAUUCAGACAGAGUGAGCGAAGGGCAAGCGAGAUAAGAUACGUCGAAAAAGGGGGGAACCAAAGAGAUCGAAAAACAUAAAGUACCUCGUACCAAAACUUGGACAGAGGUUAGGGGGUUAUUACGCACCUCUUCAACUCGACGUGUUUCAGCCUCAUCAUCGUUCAUGGGCGGGUAUCGAGACGCUGCGGGGCUUGCACCAUCGGUUUCCUCGUCUUUUUCGUCCUCGUCCUCUGUGGGCACCUGCUUCCCCUUGCCCUUCCAUGACCGUGCAGUACCAGGGGGUGAAUAGUCACUGGUAGUGGGCACCUCUUCCCAGAUGCGGGGUCGACUGAGGUCUUCCUCAGAUACCGGGGUAGCGGGAAGCGAGGCGAGGGGCUGUGGGCCUGAUUUGUCUGGCAUAGGAGGGGCGAGGUCGGACAUAGCGCUUGAGGAAUAGGCGGAGUAUUCGCCCUAUCAGACCUGCGUGGGCUGAUGCACCCUGUGACGGGAGGGGGGCGAACGGGCCUGAAUUUGACGUUCAGCUCAGUGGUGGUGUGAAGUGAGGCACCC